UUCAUAUUAUUGGCUUCUUUUGGCCUUUCGUUGCACAGACCAAGUACACAUAGCAGCAGCGUCUCGCACAGACAGUGCCUGAAAAUGGUGCAGCGGCUCACUUAUCGCAAGCGCCACAGCUACGCCACCAAGUCCAACCAGCACCGGGUCGUCAAGACCCCUGGUGGCAAGUUGGUGUAUCAGACCACCAAGAAGAGGGCAAGUGGCCCCAAGUGCCCAGUCACUGGAAAGAGAAUCCAAGGGAUUCCUCACCUGAGACCUGCUGAGUACAAGAGGUCUCGAUUGUCAAGGAACCGAAGGACUGUGAAUCGGGCCUAUGGUGGUGUACUUUCUGGAGGUGCUGUUAGGGAGAGGAUAAUUCGAGCCUUCUUGGUGGAAGAGCAGAAGAUUGUGAAAAAGGUGUUGAAAAUCCAGAAGACGAAGGAAAAACAAGCAUCUAAGAGCUGAAACAAGUGGGAAAUAAAUCAAAAAGAAAUUUGAGUUCAUGAAAUAUGCGAGUUGAGAUAAAUUUUGAAUUAGGUUGAUGUUGAUGAAGUGUUGAAUGGGUUUUAGUCUUUCUUCAAUCUGAUGACAAAUCAUUUAUGUGGUAUUGUUUUAUGAGAACUUGCUCUUUAAUGACAUGGCCUUAUGGUUUUAUUUGUCUACUUAAA